AAAUAGAAAAAAAAAUGGCCUCUGCUCAGGUCUUCAACAUUACCCUCCCGGCCCUGCCGGAGGGUUGGUCUGCCGAUAAGGAUUUCAAGGCUGUGGGCUCUGUGUCUGCUGCGACGCAACGCAACCUGGAGCCGGUUGGCCCUCACUUCCUGGCCCACGCUCGCCGGAAGCGCCACCAGCGCACCUUCUCGGAGGACGAGAGAAUCCAGGCCCAACAGAACGUCAAGAAGACCGAGGAGGAUGAGGACGAUGAGAUUUCUGAGCCGGAAGACCCUAUGAUGCUGUCCAGGGAUGCCAAGGACUGGAAGGCGCAAGACCACUAUGCUGUUCUCGGUCUGAGCAAGUACCGCUGGCGCGCGACCCCCGAGCAGAUCAAGCGUGCCCACCGCAAGAAGGUGCUCCGUCACCACCCCGACAAGAAGGCUGCUAUGGGUCAGACCGACGAGAACGACAACUUCUUCAAGUGCAUACAGAAGGCUACCGAACUGCUCCUGGACCCCGUCAGACGUCGCCAGUUCGACUCUGUCGACGAGGCUGCUGACGUUGAGCCCCCCACCAAGAAGGAGGCCGCCAAGGGCAACUUCUACAAGCUCUGGAGCAAGGCGUUUGUUGCCGAGGGCCGUUUCUCCAAGAAGCAGCCCGUGCCGACACUUGGCAACGAGGACAGCACCAAGGAAGAGGUCGAGGGCUUCUACGACUUCUGGUACAACUUUGACAGCUGGCGUACCUUCGAGUACCUCGACGAGGAUGUGCCCGAUGACAACGAGAACCGUGAUCAGAAGCGUCACGUGGAGAAGAAGAACGCCAACGCUCGCCGCAAGCGCAAGACCGAGGACAACACUCGCCUGCGCCACAUGAUUGACGAGUGUCUUGCCAACGAUGAGCGGAUCAAGAAGUUCCGUCAGCAGGCCCGCGCCGGCAAGGACAAGAAGCGUCUGGAGAAGGAGGCGGAAGCCAAGCGUCUUGCUGAGGAGAAGGAGAAGGCCCGUGUGGAGGAGGAGCAGCGUAAGAAGGAGGCCGAGGAGACGGCCAAGGCCGACCGCGAGAAGACGAAGAAGGCCAAGGAGGCGGCCAAGAACGCCGCCAAGAAGAACAAGCGUGUGCUCAAGGGCGCCGUCAAGGAGGUCAACUACUUUGUUGAGGGUGGUGACGCCUCCGCCGGCCAAGUGGACGCUGUCCUCGGUGACGUCGAGCUCCUCAUGAGCAAGAUCGACCACGAGGAGCUGGCCGCCCUGGCCGAGAGCCUGACGGCUGCCGGCAAGGACGGGGCCGCUGUCAAGGCGGCUUAUGCCGCCCAGGCCAAGCAGCUGGUGGAGGCCGGCAAGCUUAAGGAGGGCGAACUCAAGACCUUUGCUUGAUUUUUCCUUUUCCUAUUUGUCUAUUCUCUUGCCUUUUUUGAUUCCUAGACUACAGCAUGGAUUUGUUCUCAUGUGGUAGACGUGAUGGCUGGACGACCUUCAGGUGCAUAUAGAUCGCACUGUUG